ACGAUACCAUAAUGGCCGAAGUAUUUUCUGAAGACCUAGUUGCAAGUCCUGAAACCUUAGUUGAAGAUUUUAAAAACUUAUAUGAGUCCAAGGAACGGCUUCUAAUUACUGCAGAUGAAAUUUUAAUUCAAAGUCUUAUUGACAUCGUUCAGAGUCUCAUAAUCCAAAAUUGCUAUAUGUUCUUACAACGAAGUCCUAUUAGGAUGCUUCAUUUUAUUACCCAUUAUAAACAAUUCAAUGAACUUAAUAAAGCUUAUUUGGAGACUAUUUGCAAAAAUCCUUCCUUAUUAUUUGAUUCAGAUGAAUUUCUUUCUUUAGAGGAAAAUGCACUAAAAUUAAUUCUUGAAUGUGAUAACCUCGAUAUGAAAGAAAAUCCUAAGGAGUUUGUUCCUGAAGUAUGGGAAUAUAUGGACAUUCUUCCUAAAGAUUUAAUUAAAGAUGUAGUACACUAUGGAAAAACUACAGAUGAUAAUACCUCAAAAGGAUUUCAUUACAAAUUUAAUCUACUUUUUAGAAGCAACUUAGAUGGUCAUACAUUACAAGCAUUUCAUCGAAGAUGUAAUAACAAGGGGGUAACAAUUGUUGUUGGAAGAAUUGCAAACUCAAGUCAUCUUGUUGGAGCAAUGUUAUCACACGUUAAUUAUAAUCUUAGUGAUUGUGCCAUUGGUUGCGACGGUGCUCAUGGUCUAAGUUUUGGAGAAGGUCCUGAUUUACAUAUUUCAAAUAACAAAACUAUCUGGAAAUUUAAAACAAAGACCUAUCCUCUAUUAGUAAACAUAACUUCACUUGCAGUCUCAAAUUAUGAAGUUCUUCAA